AUGGUAGUGGCCAACGAGGCGCUGCUGCGCACCUUUGACAUCACCACCAUGUCCAAGGAGGACGCCGCCUUCACCGCGCCCUUCAAGCUCAGAGCCACCAAGAACGACUUUGUGCACGCGCUGGUGGCCUACUUUGACGUGUCGUUCGGGGCGUGCCACAAGCCCGUGCGGUUCAGCACGUCCCCCUCGUCGCGCGUGACCCACUGGAAGCAGACCGUCUUCUACCUGGAGGACACGCUCACGGUGUGCGAGGGCGAGGAGCUGUCGGGCACCUACACCUGCAAGCCCAACGCGAAAAAUCCCCGGGACCUGGACAUCUCGCUGCAGUACGACUUUGAGGGGCGCAACUGCGAGGCACACCGCACGCAGCAGUACCGCAUGCGGUAG